AACUUGCCAGCUCAGAGGUUCCAGUGUCAGCCGGCGCGCUUCUCUGGUUGCAGCUUGAGCGGCUCGGGCGGCUCCUGUGGUGGGCGGCGAGGGGCGAGCCGGGAUGGGCAGCGGACGCGCGACGUGAUCACCCCGCGCGCGGAGCCACGCCGGCCGCACCGUCUCGGGAGUCUUCUCUGUGGGUUCGGGCGCGCACCGGACGCAGACCCGGCCGGAGCAUGCGGGGUGCGGUGUGGGCGGCCCGGAGGCGCGCGGGGCAGCGGUGGCCUCGGUCCCCGGGCCCUGGGCCCGGCCCGCCCCCGUCGCCGCCGCCGCUGCUGCUGCUGCUGCUGCUGCUGGGCGGCGCGAGCGCACAGUACUCCAGCGACUUGUGCAGCUGGAAGGGGAGCGGGCUGACCAGGGAGGCACACAGCAAGGAGGUGGAGCAGGUGUACCUGCGCUGCUCAGCAGGCUCUGUGGAGUGGAUGUACCCGACUGGAGCACUCAUUGUUAACCUGCGGCCGAACACCUUCUCAGCUGCCCAGAACCUGACUGCGUGCAUCAAGCCGUUCAGAGACUCCUCGGGGGCCAAUAUUUAUUUGGAAAAAACUGGAGAACUGAGACUGUUGGUGCGGGACAUCAGUGGUGAGCCUGGCCAGGUGCAGUGCUUUAGCCUGGGGCAGGGAGGCCUGUUUGUAGAGGCAACGCCCCAGCAGGACAUCAGCAGGAGGACCACAGGCUUCCAGUACGAGCUGCUGAGUGGGCAGAGGGGGCUGGACCUGCAUGUGAUGUCUGCCCCGUGCCGGCCUUGCAGCGACACCGAGGUCCUCCUGGCCAUCUGCACCAGUGACUUUGUUGUCCGAGGCUUCAUCCAGGAUGUCACCCACGUGCCAGAGCAGCAAGCGUCUGUCAUCCACCUGCGGUUGAGCAGGCUCUACCGGCAGAAGAGCAGGGUCUUUCAGCCAGCGCCUGAGGGUGGCCACUGGCUGGGCCACGUCUCAACACUGCUGCAGUGUGCAGUGCGGCCAGGGCACGGGGAAUUCCUCUUCACUGGACAUGUGCGCUUUGGGGAGGCACAACUUGGGUGUGCCCCACGCUUCAGUGACUUUCAAAGGAUGUACAGUAAUGCAGAGGAGAAGGGCACAAACCCCUGUGACAUCAAUGUGGACUGAUCUGCAGGGUGACAUAGUACUGUUCUCCAAAUGAGCCACCGUUUGUGGUCUCAGUUGCUCUGUCAAAUCCUGAUAGAGGCUGCAGGCUGGUGGCAUGGACCCAGCCUGGUGGUUGAACUGGGAAGGAACACGCUGCUCUGAUCUCAUUAGGGCCCAGCCAAGGACUCCCUGACCCAUUGGAAAUGCUGUAAAAUGCAAACUAAGUUAUUAUAUUUUUUUUAAAGAUG